CACAUCCUGAUAGUGACUUGCUUAGAGUAGGUGUCUGUUUAAUAUUAUUAGUAAUUCUGUAGACACUAGUCACUAGGUAUUCAUUAAAAACUUACUGAAUUGGUGUCCAUAAAGAAUUAACUUAGUUAAUAGAAUUUUAUAGCAUCUACGAUAUGGUUACGCAAAUAGAAAUAAAGGGAUUUGACGAUUUUGUUAAAUACACUGAAACUAUUGAUGAUAAUGGACCGCCCGUUUUAUUUUACUUUAGCGGCUCCAAAUUACCUGAUGGUAACAGUUGGUGUCCUGACUGCGUAGUGGCGGAACCAAUGGUGAAGGCAUUUGUGAAUGAGCUCAAUAAAAAUAUCAUAUUUGUGUAUGUCUCUGUUGGGGAUCGAGAAUAUUGGAAAGACAGAGCAUGUCCAUUCAGAACUGACAGCCGCUCGAAGUUACUGGUUAUACCAACCAUAAUUAAAUGGAAAGGAGUACAAAGAUUAGAAGGUAGUCAGUGUGGACAGCGGGAUUUACUACAAAUGUUAUUUGAAGAUGAUGAUUGAGCAACUUUUAAUUUUUCCCUUAUUUACUUUUAUUGAAAAAAAUUAACAUAUGCAUGCAUUUAAUAUGAUUUUAAAAAUGUACCAAGCAUAGUAAAUUUGGAUGUAAAUAUUUAUUAAUACGUAAGAAAGUAAUCCUGA